UAGUACAGUGCAGCGAUAUAGGUCUAUACCGCUGUGGUAUAGUCAUAGACAAUGUGCACUUUCAUGUUUCAACUGGGCUCACAGGUCACACUCACAGAACCAGUAACAUUUUAAAUGGAUAAUUAACUCCUUGUGACAAUUUCUUCUCUUUGGAUAUGGAGUAGCACAACAAAAUUCGCCUUCAAUUCACACAGCUGCUGCACCGGGACUCGACCGAAUCGCACGAGACUUCCCACCCUCGUCUAGCGGCCUGCGGUGUGGUGCUUCGCCGCUAACUAGCCCGCAGCUGUUUGUAUAGUAGGGGCAGUUGCAUGCGAGUCUCCACAUCGCCGACAUAGAUACGGUGCAGGUUCUGUGCUAGAUGUAACGUGCAAUGUCGGUCAAGAUGCAUCAUGCAAGCACAAUGUGUUGGCGAUACCACCGCAAGAUAACGGCUACCAUCAUCGUCUUCUCAGCGCUCUAUUUCUUUGUGUCCAUCACAUUAACAAAAAAGAACUUAUCCAACGAGGGUGUACAGGGUUCAAAUCUUGAGACAUUCCAUGAAAGGAAAGGGGUGCGUGAGAGGGGUGAAGAGCACCACCAGGGAAAGAAUCCAUCUCGGAAGAUCCAUCGAAUACCCCACAAUGCCCUCCCAGCAGAGGGCAUCAAGGGCCUGGCCAAGGGAGCUCAGCGGGGUCAAGUAAAGCAGAAGGAGGAGGAGUUCUCAAGCAGUUCAACGUCUAGUUCAGCCGAUAGUCCAGGGCACAAACAGAGUGAUGCCAAGCCAAGUAAGAAGUUUCCUCAAGCUAUCAUCAUCGGCGUGAAGAAAGGUGGUACGAGGGCGCUUCUCAAGUUUAUCUCCUUACAUCCUGACGUAGCAGCAGCUAAACAGGAGAUGCACUUCUUUGAUCGAUACUAUGAUAAAGGGCUUGAGUGGUACAGAUGGAGUGCGUGGUUGGAUGAGCAUGGCUGAUUUUCUACUAUGCAGACUUGACUUAACUGUGAGCUGUUAAUUUGAAUGAACGGAUUUGUUAUUUUAAAUCCCAUAGGGUACAAGAGAUGAUGACGUAAUAGAUUAUGAGUAUUAAGAUGGAACGAUGUAGAGUGGAGGUUCUCAAAAUGUUCUCCUUGAAGUUCCAGAUAUGAUUUCUAUGAAAGUUAUGAUGUCCUAAACAUGGGAUGCCAUUCGCCUGAAAAUUCUUAUGGUUGAUCAUAUACUUAAGUAGAACCAUGGACCUAACACAAAUGAAAGCGGGCAAAACUCAAACAAUAUUACUCCAUUUUGUUUCAGACUUAUGGGCGUUGCAAGAAAGUUGCGUCGCAAUCAAUUGCAAAUAUCAGUUGCGAAAUUUGCAACUGAUAUACAAUGAGGCUUGUUCUACAAUGUAGGUCCAUAUCUGAUCUAACUUCUAAGGAGAAUUGUUCCAGUAAAACAAAGAUUGGCCUGCCCUAUUGUCCGGAUGUGGACCAAGGUCUGGGAGAGGCCCUGAUGUAGAAAAAGAGAGAUACAGAGGAUAGUUUGUCAAUAUAAUUUCAGGAUUUAUUAAAUUUAAGAAAAAAUAAUGUAAGUAGCUUAUACUUUUUUAAUUAAAAAUGUAUUUUCCUCACCAAUAGGAAUUAUUGAUUGUUCAAAUAAAUUACAUUCUAGAGUCUUCAUAAUAAUAUUUAUUUAGAAUUUUUAUAAAAGUGUUCUUUAAAAAAAAAAAAAA